AUGCACACUGAGGAAAAAUCUAGUGAAUGUAAUCAGUGUAGAAAGACUUUCAUGCACAUGGCCAGUCUUGCUGUACAUCAGAGAAUCCACACUGGGGAGAAAUCUCAUGAAUGCAAGCUGUGUGGAAAGACAUUCAAGCAUCAUGAAUGCAAUCAGUGUGGAAAGACAUUCAGUCGAGCCUCCAGUCAUGCUGAACAUCAGAGAAUCCACACUGGGGAGAAACCUUAUGCAUGUAGUCAGUGUGGAAAGACAUUCAGUCGGCCCUCUCAUCUUGCUGUACAUCAGAGGAUCCACACUGGGGAGAAACCUUAUGAAUGCAAUCAAUGUGGAAAGACAUUCAGGGACAGCUCAUAUCUUGCUACACACCAGAGAAUCCACACUGAAGAUAAAUCUUAUGAAUGCAAUCAGUGUGGAAAGACAUUCAGUCAGGCCUCUCAUCUUACUGUACAUCAGAGAAUCCACACUGGGGAGAAACCUUAUGAAUGCAAUCAGUGUGGAAAGACAUUCACUCAGAGCUCCAGUCUUGCUUAUCAUCAGAGAAUCCACACUGGGGAGAAACCUUAUGAAUGCAAUCAGUGUGGAAAGACAUUCAGUCAUAACUCCAGUCUUGCUGCACACCAGAGAAUCCACACUGGGGAAAAACCUUAUGAAUGCCAUCAGUGUGGAAAGACAUUCAAGGUGAGCUCCAAUCUCACUGUACAUCAGAGAAUCCACACUGGGGAGAAAUCUCAUGAAUGCAAGCUGUGUGGAAAGACAUUCAAGGUGAGCUCCAAUCUCAAUGUACAUCAGAGAAUCCACACAGGGGAGAAACCUUAUGAAUGCAAUCAAUGUGGAAAGACAUUCAGUCAGAGCUCCAGUCUUGCUUAUCAUCAGAGAAUUCACACUGGGGAGAAACAUCAUGAAUGCAAUCAGUGUGGAAAGACAUUCAGUCGGGCCUCCAGUCUUGCUGAACAUCAGAGAAUCCACACUGGGGAGAAACCUUAUGCAUGCAGUCAGUGUGGAAAGACAUUCAGUCGGCCCUCUCAUCUUGCUGUACAUCAGAGGAUCCACACUGGAGAGAAGCCUUAUGAAUGCAAUCAGUGUGGAAAGACAUUCAGGGACAGCUCAUAUCUUGCUGCACACCAGAGAAUCCACACUGAAGAUAAAUCUUAUGAAUGCAAUCAGUGUGGAAAGACAUUCAGGUACAGUUCCAGUCUUGCUGCACAUCAGAGAAUCCACACAGGGGAGAAACCUUAUGAAUGCAAUCAAUGUGGAAAGACAUUCAGAGACAGCUCCAAUCUUGCUUAUCAUCAGAGAGUCCAUACUGGAGAGAAACCUUAUGAAUGCAAUCAGUGUGGAAAGACAUUCAGUCAGGCCUCUCAUCUUGCUGUACAUCGACGAAUCCAUACUGGGGAGAAACCUUAUGAAUGCAAUCAGUGUGGAAAGACUUUCAGCCAGAGCUCCAGUCUUGCUGUACAUCAGAGAAUCCAUACUGGAGAGAAACCUUAUAAAUGCAAUCAGUGUGGAAAGACAUUCAAUCGGAGCUCCAGUCUUGCUGCACAUCAGAGGAUCCACACUGGCCACAAACCUUAUAAAUGCAAUCAAUGUGGAAAGACAUUCAAUCGGAGCUCCAAUCUUGCUGUACAUCAGAGGAUCCACACUGGGCAGAAACCUUAUGAAUGCAAUCAGUGUGGAAAGACAUUCAGUCAGAGCUCCCAUCUCGCUGUACAUCAGAGAACCCACACUGGGGAG